GUCAGGUUUCCUCAACGUUUCGGACUCGAUCGAUCAUCGUCAAUCUCAUAACGCUAGCUAGCUGCAUUCUCCGUCGUCUGUGAUCAGUAUAAUUAGUUGAUCGAUCAACUUUUCAAAUCAUCAGAUACAGAGAAUCAGAAAAUAAUGGUGUUGUUGGUGGGGAUGUUCGCUUCUACAACAACAUUAUUCACUACAAUACUAGUAUUGUGCUUGCAGCUGCUAGUUCAACCAUGUGUUGCUUUCAUUGAGAUCCCCGGCGGCAUCUGUGGUUCCGAUUACCAAGACGGAAGUUAUGUUGGGUGCGACACGGGCCGCUGCUGCAGCGACACUGGCUACUGCGGUAACGACCGUUACCACUGCGUCACCAACUGUUGGAUGCAAUGUCAUGACGUGGAUGGAGGAGUGAGCAGCAGCGGGCAGCGGCUCCAUAACAUCAGUACCACGAUGAAUGUAGUGAAUGCAACGUACAAUCAAUACUACGAUCCGGCCGGAACGAAGAAGAAGAAGACGAUCAUCAUCAGUGGCUGGGAGGAGGAUGAUAAACUCGUCAACGCUUCCUCGUCUUCGUCGUCGUCGUGGUGUGCAACUUCACUCUCUAGCAUACCACCGGCGCGACGUAACAAGUAUGCUUUGGCUGCUUUUCGUCGACCUCGUAAUCGUACUGUUACUGCGACAACUACUACUGCUAGCAGGAGUAGUUAUUGUGGACAGUGCCUCAAGUUGACGAAUCUCGAGACUGGAGGUGAAGCGAAGGUGCGAGUUGUUCACGAACGUAGUGUCGAAGGUCUUGAAUUGGAUCGCGAAACUUUCAACAAGCUGCGGACUUACGACGACCAUGGAAAUAAUGGGGGUGAAGAUGAUGACUAUCAUGGUGAUCACCUUGUCUUGAAGUAUCAGUUCGAGAAUUGUGAAGACUGAUGAACAAGAAAAGACGACUGGAGGCUAUUGAUGAUCCACUUAUUAGUCCUACAAUAAACGGCAAUGAUUAGCUGAAGACUGAACAAGAAUGACAAGUGGAGGAUAUUGAGGCACAAAUUCCACCUCAAGCAAAAAAUAUGCACAUAACUUAUCACCACCUUUUUUUUCCUUUUAUAUAUCUACACAAUAAAUAAAAGCCAAAUGAGAAAAUUUGAAACCCCAUUUCAAAUUUCCUGCAUCCAGAGUGAAAGUAGGAAGUACAUUUUGGUCUAUUACUUUUUUUUUAUUCAUUAAAAAGACACUUACUAGGAUUCGAACCAUGACCACUUUAAAGAAAAGCAAAAAUCGUAA